CAACACUUACUAUUUUUCUUUCUCUAGGUUUAACGGCGGUUUUUAUUCACAAAGCUGCACUGCUGCCGUUUUCUGUUGUCAGUUAAUCCGUUCACAUGCUCCCGGAAAGUUCGUAAAUGCUUGUUAUAAUGUACAGACACGCUUCGUUCCUCUUCUUCCUGGACAUACUGUUCCUUCCCAGAAGGUGACAGUAAUGCGCACAAACGUUGUCAGCCAACCGUUAUCAAAAAACAGAAGAAGAAUACGUCUUUACGUUUUGGGGGUUGACGGGAAAUGUAGGAGGCGCUAGCUAGACCUUUGCUGGGUACUGUUUAGUUUUAAGCCACUGUUGACUUUAUUUAAACCAGUCAAUUGUGUUUUAAUGACCAACUAAAUACGGGUAGUCUAUAAAAGGAUGUGCUAUUGUAAUUCGGCGAACGACCGGGUCGUUUAACGUAGCUGAAGUCAGGCUGUUUCGCUAGCAACACAGAGGUCGAAGAACUACAGCUACUACACUUGCGAGCGCAUUUUCAUUAAAAAAUGAAGAAAACGUUUUAACAGCUCCAGACAGACGCGGCUCUAACAGACAUAAAAGCGCGAGACUCAUUAUGACGUCAUUAUUGAGCUCAUCGUUAAUCUCAGUAACGAGCAGGAGGCUCUGUGCACACGGCUUCGGUCUGAGGCGUUUGUUUGCAGCUGACGGUGCAGCAGCUUCUUCAAGAAAAUCAGACUCUCCCUGGCGGGAUGGAGCUCGAGGACUUUUCUCCCGUGGUGGCGGUUCAGAGGUCAAGCAGAUGACCUUGGAAGACGUCGCCAAACACAUUAGAGAGCGGCAGCACAAGAGGGUGGUGGUGAUGGCCGGAGCUGGGAUCAGUACACCGAGUGGCAUUCCGGAUUUCAGGUCUCCUGGCAGCGGUCUCUAUGACAACCUGCAGCAGUACAAUCUCCCCUACGCUGAGGCCAUAUUUGAGAUUGGCUUCUUCCAUCAAAACCCAAAACCGUUCUUUACCCUUGCCAAAGAGCUGUACCCGGGAAACUACCGGCCCAACCUGGCCCACUACUUUGUACGUCUGCUUCACCAGAAGGGUCAACUCCUCCGCAUGUACACGCAGAACAUCGACGGGCUGGAAAGACUAGCAGGAAUUCCUGCAGAGAUGCUAGUCGAGGCCCACGGCACGUUUGCCACGGCCACCUGCACCGUCUGCCUCAGAAACUACAAGGACGAUGACCUACGAGCAGACGUCAUGAGUGGGACGGUCCCCAAAUGUCCCGCCUGUAAGGGCGUGGUGAAGCCUGACAUUGUGUUUUUCGGGGAGGAGCUUCCGCGGCAUUUCAUGAAGUACCUGACCGACCUCCCGCUCGCUGACCUGCUCAUCGUCAUGGGCACUUCACUGGAGGUGGAGCCGUUCGCCAGUCUGGCAGGGGCAGUGCGCAGCUCCGUUCCCCGUCUGCUCAUCAACAGGGACUUGGUGGGGCCUUUUGCCCGGAGACGGCGGCGCCAGGACGUCGUGCAGCUGGGCGACGUGGUCAGCGGCGUGCGGGCCUUGGUCGACGCCCUCGGCUGGACGCAGGAGCUGGAAGCUCUGAUGGCUGCAGCUGCUGCGGAGGAGGAAGCUGUGACAAAGACAGAGGAAUGAUGUCAUCGCCCCGCAUCAACAUACACACUCUCUCACACAAACACACACGACCUGCACAUUUGAGGAUCCGGCAGAAACACAGGGGACGUCAUUAUGUGAAGGGAACUCGCUGACAUGGCAAAUAAGUGGA